UAAACACAUCAUCUUAAUUGAAAAUCACUACAAAAAGAAAAAGAGUAUAAACACAAAAAAAAAUGGAGAAAUCAGCUUUGACAUUCGUUGGAAUUUUACUCUUUUCAACAUGUACACCAAUUCGAGCACGAACCGGAUAUGUAUCUUGCAAGACGAACUCUGAUUGUGUUAAACUCAAAUGUCCAACACCAUUUGGUACCCCCAAAUGUAUGAACGGUGGAUGUGAAUGCCCCCUUGAAGAACUGGUGACAUUACCGGAUGAUACCAAUUGUGGUGUGGCUGCUUGCUCUGACUAUUGCAAGGCAAAAGGUGAACAUGCUUAUGCUUGUAUCUCAAACCAUUGUUACUGUCACAAACCUCCCAUGUAAUUUUAAGAGGUUUCUAUAUAAGGUCUUCAAAUAUCUAUUUUAUUAUUACUAUUAAUGUCUUUUGAAUAUCGAUCAUAUCAUUUAAUUACAAUAGUGUUUAUGUUUGGCCAUUUGACUGAAAAUUAACCUUGGUUGGAAUGUUUUU